AUGGCCGCGCCAUCUCCAGUGGCGAGACUGCGUGAACUGCUGAAGGCUGAAAACAGGAUCGUGGUGUGCCCAGGUGUUUAUGAUGGGCUCACUGCUCGAAUCGCACUUCAAGCCGGAUUUGAGGCCCUAUACAUGACUGGAGCAGGAACAACCGCAUCCAAGCUUGGGCAGCCAGACCUUGGAGUGAUCACGCUGAAUGAGAUGCGAGAGAAUGCGGAGAUGAUCGCCAACCUUGAUCCGGCCACGCCUGUAAUCGCAGACGCGGAUACAGGAUUCGGAGGAUCUCUCAUGGUCCAUCGGACUGUCACUGAGUAUAUUCGGGCGGGUGUCGCCGGGCUCCAUCUCGAGGAUCAGCCAACAACGAAGCGCUGUGGUCAUCUUAGCAAUAAGCAGUUGGUCUCCGAGAACGAAUAUAUUUCACGGGUCCGUGCAGCAGUAAACGCCCGGAAGCUCUCUGGUAGGGAUAUUGUUUUGAUUGCACGGACCGAUGCUCUUGCAACGCUGGGCUAUGACCAAGCAAUAUCACGUCUGAAGGGGGCGAUUGAACUUGGCAUGGAUGUUGCAUUUCUGGAAGGCGUGACAUCCCAGGAGCAAGCGCGACAGGUGUGCGAGGACUUAAAGCCCACUCCGGUCCUCUUCAAUGCUGUCGCGGGUGGGGUGUCGCCUGAUCUUUCGGUGGCGGAAGCCCAAGAGCUCGGGUUCCGUCUCAUUAUAUUCCCUGGGUUCGCACUGGGUCCUGUAUAUGGGGCAGUCAGUGCAGCAGCGCAGCAUCUGAAAGAGACUGGAAGCCCUUUGGUGUCUGGGCAAGGCGGGCCACGGGAAUUGUUCAACGUGGUGGGUCUGAGAGAAGCUCUCGCCAUAGAUAUGGCCUCUGGCGGAGGAAAUUUUGUCCAGGGCGUGUAA